UCUCUCUCUACUACCACCGCCAGUCCGCCGCCAGAAAUCGAGUUGCUGCGGUUGACUCACUGAGUCUCUUCUCCUUGUUCUUCUCUCAUUGCUUGUUCCGAGAUUAGAUUGGAUUAGUUUUUCAUUUACUUGUCCCGUAAAGUGAUCACGUGGGAAAUAGAGGAGGAAAAAAAAACAGUUUUCAACGGCUGCCGGAAAAAUUUAAGUCUCUGCCGACUUUAUUUCUCUCUUUACAGUCUCUGAAACUGUUUCUGCGUGGCAGACAUCCGACUGCUCAGAGGAAAGGUAGCUUUUGAUUUUGUACGGAUUGUUAUUGGGGAGAAAUUAUUUGAGCUUUUCGAUGGCGAGUCAUUCGGCAGGCGGAGAAUUCAGUCAACAGAGUGAGCCUGCUGUUCGGCCUAAGAGAAAGAGAAACCUUCCUGGAAUGCCAGAUCCAGAUGCGGAAGUGGUAGCUUUGUCGCCGAAAUCGUUGAUGGAGACGAACAAGUACGUGUGUGAUAUCUGCGGCAAAGGAUUUCAGAGAGACCAGAAUUUGCAGCUUCACCGGCGCGGCCACAACCUGCCGUGGAAACUCAAGCAGCGACCGGCCGGAAAUGAGCUUAGGAAGCGAGUGUACGUGUGUCCGGAGCCGAACUGCGCUCAUCACGACCCGUCCAGAGCUCUCGGCGACCUCACCGGAAUUAAGAAACAUUUUUGCCGGAAGCACGGCGAGAAGAAGUUCAAGUGUGAAAGGUGCAACAAGAGCUACGCCGUUCUGUGCGAUUGGAAAGCCCACAUGAAGGUGUGCGGCACCCGAGAAUACCCCUGCGACUGUGGAACAGUGUUUUCUAGGAGGGACAGCUUCAUAACGCAUAGGGCAUUUUGCGAUGCGCUGGCACAAGAGAGUGCGAGGUCUUCUCCGGGGGGUUUGACGGUGGCCGCCGCCGCGGUAAACCCGAAGUUGUGUUCAUCUUCUCUGAGCCCGCCACCACAACCUGUGACUCCUUCUACUGCGGUCUUGUCUCCUGUUCUCUCCAUUCAGAGCUCAGGGGGGACAGAAUUGCCUGAAAACCAAAGUGUAUAUUCUCAUCAAAAAAAGAAUGAAGCUCCACAAAGAGGAGGUUCCUCAACCAGUAGCUGUAACCUCAACUGGAACAGUGAUGUUGUUUUAGCCGGGGCCAUCAAUGAGAGUGCUCCGGGCCAGGUAUCAUCAUCUCUUAGUCUUGAUGGUGAUAAUAACCGCAAGGAUAUUUCACGUGUGUUUGGAUUAGUGGUGCAUAACCCAGAAGAGGCAAACUCGACAAAACCGGCCAUUAAGGAAUGUGAGGGUGACGUGGCGGCAUUUGCUGGUUUUAUUGCACAGUCAUCGAUGAUGUCACUUUCAUUAUCAACAACUGCUCCUCUAUAUUCCUCAACCAAUUCUGCAUCUCUGUUUAUGUAUGACCAUAACAACCAUCAGCAGCAGCAAUGCACACCGAGCCCCCCACUGUCGGCAACUGCUUUACUUCAGAAAGCAGCACAGAUAGGUUCAAAGUCGUCCACUUCUUUUCUUCAAGGCCUUGGGUUAACCAUGUCAAGUGAUGAUUCUGUUGAAAAUAGAGAGAAGAAGCUGCCGGGAUUAAGUCUCGGGCUUCACUCAUCUCCUUCAAUGGUCUACGGGUCCAAUCCCCCAACUUUGGAUUUUCUUGGAUUGGGGGGCAACCAUACGUCAUCGGACGAAUAUCCCGUGCUGCUGAGUUCGAUGAACGGUAGAGAUCACUUUAGCAUGGCUUCUUCUUCAUUUGGUGGAAUUUUGGGUGGGAGCUCUUGGGAAGAUAGUUCCGAUCAAAAGCCUGGGUUUCUUUAGUGCUAUCUGGGUAAGUAUGUGUCUCUAUUCAGCCGAGAACCCUAUAGUUUCAUUUUGGAUUUCAGACAGCAUCUAUGUAUUUAAUUAAUUCUGUAAAUAUAUAGGAGUAAUUGCUGUAUGAAUGAUUACAACUAUUGCAAGAAAAAUGUUGAUUCGCCUGUACUUGGAAGUUAGAAGUGUAGUUUUGUGUUGUUAGCCUCGGUGUUCCACAAAAAACAUGAUUAGUUGGACGUUGGUUGAAGAAAGUAGG